AAGUGACCAAUUAGCUGAUCUUUUUCGACGACUGGCCUGGCCGGGCUCGACUUAUGCACGUCUAUAAAUGAGUGCCCUGCCCAAGCAGCAGCAGGAUCCAGAACACCUACUGCAAAGCCUCUCCAACUAGCCACAGCUGACCACACAUAGUACAUGCGUAUAACUUGAGCCAGCCAGCCAAAGCAACGAUUAUGGCGUCCAUGGCGAGAGCUGCCCGCCUCCUGCUGGUCGCGCUGCUGGUCGUCUCCGCGGCGGUCACCGGCUGCCAUGGCUACAGCAUCGGUGGACCGGGGUUAAUCCCCGAACCACGGAGCGGGCGUGGAAGACCCUAUGAUCCUUUAUGCCGCGGACUGCGAUGCCGGACGCUGCCGCCACGCGGCCGCGGUGGCGCACCCUACCCCUAUGGCGGUCCUCCUCCCCCUCCCCCUCCCCCGGACAACGGAGGACAGCCUUGAUGCUUGGCAUGCAUGCAAGAAAGCUACGACCUCUCACCGAACUGAUACUAAUACAUGGAAUAAGACUUAAGUUUGGUGUUUUCCCUGAUACGGGUCAUGUAUACAUGGAAUAAGAAAGCUAUUACAUGGAAUAAGACUUGAGAGUGGUUUUUCUA